CACAGUGUACACAUACAGCAAACCCACCUUUGAGUGGUGAGAAGCAUUAAAGAGGAACCGAGCCGAGCGUCCGCUUAUGUGAGACCCAUCGGUGAAACCCAAGUUCAGUUGCACUGAGUCCGUCGUUGCGUUCGCUAUCGGCUGCUACCCAUUUUUGAAAAGCCCUACCUCCGUCGAGUGUGUACAGUUGAUUCUAGGUACAAACAAACCACACCGAAACCAUCAACAAAAUGAGCUCGCAGUAUUAUCCAUUCCAAUGCACACCGACCGUCUACCCGGCCGAUCCGUUCGAUGCCAACGAAGAUGCGGCCACGCUCCGUACCGCGAUGAAGGGUUUCGGUACGGACGAGAAGGCCAUCAUCGAGGUGCUGGCACGGCGCGGUAUCGUACAGCGACUGGAGAUCGCCCAAGCGUUCAAGACCUCCUUCGGCAAGGAUCUGAUCAGCGAUCUGAAGUCGGAGCUGGGUGGCAAGUUUGAGGACGUGAUACUGGCGCUCAUGACCCCGUUGCCGCAGUUCUACGCCAAGGAGCUGCACGAUGCCAUCUCGGGCAUCGGCACGGACGAGGAGGCGAUCAUCGAGAUUCUGUGCACGCUGUCGAACUACGGCAUCCGGACGAUCGCCGAGUUCUACGAGCAGAUGUACAACGUUUCGCUCGAGUCGGACCUGAAGGGCGAUACCAGCGGAGCGUUCAAGCGGCUGUGCGUGUCGCUGGUGCAGGGUAACCGGGACGAGAACAAUGGCGUUGAUGAGGGUGCAGCUGCAGCUGACGCACAGGCACUGUUCGAGGCUGGCGAGGGCCAAUGGGGCACGGAUGAGUCCGUGUUCAACAUGAUUCUGGUGACGCGCUCGUACCAGCAGCUGCGUGCCGUGUUUGACAUCUACGAGAGUCUUGCCGGCCACACGAUCGACGAUGCGAUCAAGCGCGAGUUUAGCGGUGCUAUCGAGGAGGGCUUCAAGGCUAUCGUCCGCUGCGUCCGCUCGAAAGUUCAUUACUUUGCCAAGCGUCUGCACAACUCGAUGGCCGGUCUCGGCACGAACGAUAAGACGCUGAUCCGCAUCAUCGUAAGCCGCUCGGAGAUCGAUCUCGGCGAUAUCAAGGAAGCGUUCCAGGAGAUGUACGGCAAGUCGCUCGAGUCGUGGAUCAAGGGUGACACAUCGGGCGAUUACAAGCGCGCUCUGUUGGCUAUUUCCGGCUACCGGUGAACAUUUUGUUGCUCUCGCAAUGCUGUGUUGGAUAAGCCAACCAACACCACCCCACCACAACCUCAAAUGUUAUAGAGUUUUACACAUAUGUACGACGACGAUAGGGGGUGUUUGUUGCAUUCUAUCGCCCACAGCACACAACACAACAUCGAUUCUACCGAUGAUGAUCCUAAUUGUUAACAAAAAGAUAAGAAAACCCAACUACACACACACACACUAACAGCUCACGCAGAGCCAUAGAGAGAGGAAAAUAAGAGGUUUAAAUUUAAUUUGUACUAGUAUCACAACAAGACGACGGCGUCGCCAAACCGAAGGCGACACGCAAUCUCAUCAUAUACAAUUAACAUUAUUAUUCUAAACACUAUCUCUCUCUCUCUCUCUCUCUUUCUCUUGGGGCGUGUUAUGGAGCUUUCGUCUAAUGCGAAACUUGUAAUGCGCACGUCUCAUCCCAAAACCACCGCCAAAUCCAUUACACCAGAGCAGAUCUUUUAUCGUACUGCUACUUACUAUUUACUUGAAGCGUUUAUCGUCAGUAAACACACACACACACGCACACAUUACACACCCAUGUUGUGCCUUGACGAAAGGAAAAACCUGCCUCUGUGACUUGGAAAAGCACACUCUCUAGCCAAAAACAUUAAAGAUGGAUUAAAACCACAUUUUUUCUUCCUACCUUUGCCUUUUACAAUUAUCGUUCACUGUGUGUGUAGUCAGUAGGUGUGUGUGAGUGUUAUGCAAAAAAAUAUUAUCAUUCACUGUGUAGUAGUUUCUCUAUUGGGUUUCAAAUAAAUCUUUAAAUUAAACCGAAAUUUCAGCGUGAGAGCAAACGUCCUUCCUUUUAAUUUUUCUUUUGGCUGGUCUGGCCGCCCAUUCCAGGAGGUUGUAUGAAUCCGGGGGGUGGUCAAUCUGUGUUCUAUUAUUUCGCUUUUUUUUCUCCUCCACAUAUAUGUGUUAUUAAUCUAAAUCACCGGUCGGUUUCUAAUACUGUAGUAGCAAAGCACAGCAUGCCCAAUCAUUUAUAUUUUUUUGAAGACUAAUCUUUAAGCUUACUGCUAAAGCUUGUUUUAAUGUUACAAAAUAAUCUUCCCAUUUCGUGUACCAGCAACACGGUGUAACAUCUAUAACAAAACAACAUUUUAUUGAGUGUGUGUGUUUUUUUUUUCUUUUCUCUCUCUCUCUCCCGCAUUCCGGUUUUUUAUAUUAUAUCCCCAUUUUGUGUGUGACCGCCACCCAACACAGGAGGAUCUUGGAGGCGAUAAUGCUAAUUUGCUGUAUCACUUGGCCGCUUACUAAAACAAAACUCCCCCCCCAAACAACCCAAUUUCCCAAUUUUAUCUUGUGGCAGGGUGAUGUGUGUCCGUCUACUUAGGUAUUGUAGAUGAUCUAGACCAUCAACCACCCGCUUUAAACAUACUUAUCAGAUAAGAGCAACGCACUCGACAUUCCGUUCAAAAUUGUGUGUCUUACGGUGUUGCACGCCACCCACACGCUACAACCAUCCAUCGCAACCAUCCCUUUUUGUGUAGAUGUCCCUUAGCAAGCUAAAAAAAAAAAAAGAUUCGUCCAUCACAUUCGCUCCUGUCUCAUGUCAUACUCUUUUCGGCCGCCAAAACACUCUUUUCGCAGGAGGAUGUCGGUGGGGACCUUGGCGAUCUUCUGGCUACGUUGGCCUCGUUCUAAACGUGCAUACGGCACGCGCGCUGCACAUAAUAUAGUCAGAGCUGGCACAAAUCAGUUGCAUUUUGGUUUUAACACGAUUCUUUUUUUUUUGUUAAACUUCAUUGUGAUGUACACCUGAUGUUCACCGGUAUUGGGAUAAAUAUACUCGUUGUUGUUGUAACCAAA